UGUUAGCUAACUCCGGCGAUAUAUCACUCCGUCGUCUUUGUAACAGCCGGAGAAAGAUCGAAAGUUUCGUUUUUUUUUUCUUCUCCUUGGUAGCUGAUUCGCUGUCGAUUUUAUAAUUCGGCAGCCAUGAGCUCGGUUUUGCAGGGUUUUACGAAGUCACUUGCUAUGACGUUUGUAUCGGAGAUUGGUGACAAGACGUUUUUCGCUGCAGCUAUUUUGGCUAUGCGUUAUCCCAGGAGACUUGUGUUGGCUGGUUGUCUAUCUGCCCUGAUUGUUAUGACUAUCCUCUCUGCUACUCUUGGAUGGGCUGCUCCAAAUCUGAUCUCUCGCAAAUGGACUCAUCACAUAACAACAUUGUUGUUCUUUGGUUUUGGGCUAUGGUCUUUGUGGGACGGUUUCAAAGAAGGAGGAGGGGGAUCGGAAGAAUUGGCUGAAGUCGAAGCAGAACUGGAUGCUGAUUUGAAGGCUAAUGGUAAAUCUCCAAAAGACAGUAGUAAGAUUGAAGAUGAAAACAAAAAGCAGAAAAGGGCGUUCCUCACGCAAUUCUUCUCUCCAAUUUUUCUUAAGGCAUUUUCGAUUAAUUUCUUUGGAGAAUGGGGUGACAAGAGUCAGCUUGCUACAAUUGGUUUGGCUGCAGAUGAAAAUCCAUUUGGGGUGGUCCUUGGUGGAGUUGUGGCACAGUUUUUGUGCACCACUGCUGCUGUAAUUGGAGGAAAGAGCUUAGCGUCUCAGAUAUCCGAAAGAAUAGUUGCUCUUUCUGGUGGAAUGCUUUUCAUCAUUUUUGGCAUACAAUCGUAUCUUACUUCUGUUGAGGCCUAAUGCUUCUUAUGGUUUGUAGGGAGACUGAUGAAGACGAAGAAGGUUACUAUCCAUAGUUUGUUAGAUACUUAAUCUUGAUAUUAGACGUUUACACAUUUGAUUACAAAACAAAUCUGAGAGCUUGUCGACAGUGAAAACAUUGAAAUGGGCUGAAGCAGCCAUCUGACUUCAAUAAAGUUUUGGUUUUCAG